AUGUCGCGUAUCGAGGAACUCCCUGAUGAUUUCGAUGAGCGCAUCAAUCUCAAUGAGCCGCCCAGCGCGCCCUCCCUUGAGGAGCUGUACAGCGAGCACGUCAACGCGCCUGUACAAAACCACAUCUCGGACAAAAGCUUUGAGGAGAUUGUGCAAGAGAUGAGCAAAACGCCUCUUUUCAUGAACAGUCUAGAUGAAGCAACUGAUGAGGAUGGACAAAAUAUCAUGGUCGAGGCCAUCAAGGCUCUACAAUACGAAGGCACAAAAUCAGAGAUUGCCCAAGGGUUCAAAGACCGCGGCAACGAAAUGGUUGCUGAGAAGCAAUGGAGCGAUGCCAGAGAGUUUUACACAAAGGGCCUGGCCGUCUUGGUUGACAAGACUGAGGAUAAAUGGGACAAACCCGCAGACAUGGAUGUCGAGAUAAAGCAACGCACAGCCCUUGAGGAGCAGCUCUACACGAAUCGAGCUCUGUGCAACUUAGAGCUAAAAAAUUACCGGUCGACAACCCUGGACUGCGCAGCUGCCCUUCGCAUCAAUCCUUCCAAUGUCAAGGCCCACUACAGGUCCGCCUCCGCUCUGCUUGCGUUGGACAAAGUCUUGGAAGCCCUCGAUGUGGGCUCCCGGGGCUUAAAGAUCGAUCCGGAUAACACGGCCUUGAAGAAGCUGUUAGAGCAGAUAAGAACCCGAGCGAAAGCCAAAGAAGAGCAGGACCGAUGUCGGCAGGCGGAACUGAGGAGGAGACAGCAAGAGAAAGGAACAUUGGAAGCCGCUCUCAAAGCCCGGAAGAUACAGGUCCGCGGCUCGACGCAGCCUCCAAACUUGGAAGAUGCAGAAAUUCGUCUCUCACCCGAUCCCUUGUCACCAACGAGCCUACUCGAGUUUCCUGUUAUGUUGCUCUACCCGAUGAACAAUCAGUCUGACUUUAUCAAGGCUUGGGCGGAGAAGGACACUAUCAGCCAACAUCUCAGCUACAUCCUCCCAUUGCCAUGGGACGGCAAGAACGAGUACAGGCAAGACACUGUAGAUUGUUAUAUGGACACAAUCAAUGGGGGCUUGGUGAAGAUUGGGAAGAAAUUGACAUUGCUAGAGGCGCUGUCAAACGGUAAGACAGAAGUUGUCGAUGGGCUGGUUAGGAUCUACGUAGUGCCAACAUCGAUGGCAGCACAAUGGAUAGGAGAAGUGAAGCGGAAGAAAGGGAAAUGA